UGAAUCAGCUGAUGUCUCUUGUGACUCUUGGUUAUCAUCAACACCGUGGUAACCUUAGAUCAUAAUAAUUAAUAACAGGUGGUAACAGCAAGUUGUUGAUAAGUAGCACGUUUGUUGUUUGUAAUCGUUUCAAAAUUGAAAAUUUCAAAUGUAUCCGGCUUAAACGUCAAAUAUAAACAAGUGAUAUUUUUUUUCAAAUUUCUAGUUUUAUACUCAAUUUUUUAAUUUUUUAAUUUUUUAAUUCAUAAUUAUUGAUCGUGUAUGUUGAUUCCGAAUCCCGAUGUCUUACAACAAUAAUAGAAAUAGCUUUGGUCGUGGUGGUGGUGGAGGAGGUGGUGGUUUUCGAGGAGGCCGAGGUGAUGGUGGUGGCCGUGGAGGCGGAGGUGGUAAUUUCCGUGGUGGUGGUGGAGGCCGCGGUGGCGGAAGAGGUGGUUUCAAUAGGUUUGCAGAACAAGGCCCUCCAGAAGAAGUAGUGCCUCUGGGUUAUUUUACUCAUGCUUGUCAAGAUGACAUUAUUUGCAAGGCUGAAAUGGAAGAUGUUCCAUACUUUAAUGCCCCUAUAUAUUUUGCUAAUAAACAACAAAUUGGAAAAAUAGAUGAAAUAUUUGGCACAUACAGUGAUUAUUUUGUGUCCAUAAAGUUAAACUCUGAAAUUAAAUCAAAAUCUUUCAAAGGAGCUGACAAGUUAUACAUUGAUCCAGCAAAACUGUUACCAUUGAAGAAAUUUUUAUCUCAACCUGGUGGCCAGAGAGGUAGAGGAGGUGGUGGUGGAAGAGGACGCGGUAGAGGUGGUGGCGGCCGUGGAGGUGGUGGUUUUGGACGUGGUGGUGGUGGAGGUCGUGGAGGCGGUGGUUUUGGACGUGGUGGUGGAGGCGGUGGAUUUGGACGUGGCGGAGGCGGUGGAGGACGAGGAUUUGGUGGUGGACGAGGAGGGGGAGGAGGACGAGGUUUCAGGAGAUGAAAAAAAUGAUAAAAAAAAAUUGUAAUUAUUAAAUAAAUAAAUAUUUGUGUUUAUAUCAUGUACUAUAACUUAGACUUAAACUUUUAUUAAAAAAAUACAGAUAAAACAAAUGUUUAUUAUUUUAUCUUUCUUAAUGAUAAUGACAUUGAUAACAUUUAUCCAAUAUGAAACAAAUUAUUAUUAAUUAGUUCUGUAUUAACUAUUAUUUCAUACAUGCUAUUAAACUUAAUAGUUAUUAUUUUUAGAAGUUGAUAUUAUUUUAAGAAUUUAGGCUGCGGCUACCCUUCUAUAAACUGAUUUAAGUGAUUUUAUGAUUUUUGAGACUGAAUAUUGAACCCAAUAUGCAAAUUUUAUCUAAAUCUAAACUGAACUUGAAUUAAGAUUUAAAAACUAAUAAAACCAAUGCAAUUUUGACAAAAAAUGUGAACUUUUUUUUAAUAAAAUUUGAUAUGCAGUAUGCACAUUAAUGUCUUUGAUUUGAUUUUUAAACCAAACUAUUAAUCAAUUGACUGAUUUGAUUCCAAUAUUUGCAUUUUAAAAAUUUUUUUUUGAACUGAGAUAAGCCUGGUUUGAAAAUCAAACAGUUUAUACAUCACUGAGUUUUGUGAUAAAUAAAUAUUAGUAAUAUUACACUUUCAAAAUUAAUACUCGUAACUUCGUAUUUUCGUCGUAAGUUGAUCCACUUUUUUUUUGCGCACGCGGAUUAUGGGGACUUCGUAACAAUACUAUUCACUGUAGUUCUACAGUUUCACGUUGAAAAACACCACGGUGUAUGCGUAAUAAAUUGUAUUGUCACAACGCUUUCACCAUACUCCACAUACUCAAAAAAAUAAAGUUGAUCAACUUAUGACAAACAGAAUAUAGAAUUAAAAGUGUUAACAAAAAAUAAAAUACUUAGGUAAUUCAUGGAAAUUAAAAUUACUUAUUUAAUAAUAAUAAUAAUUUAUUAAUUCUCCAACAAGCAAUAUUUACAAGAUGUAUUACUAAAUAACUAAAUAUUAUCCUUUAAUACAUUACCUACACGGCUACACUAACUAAUCAGGUACUACUAUUUUUAAUUUUUGAUUCCUGAUAUAGGAUUUAACUUUUAAUUUAAGUUAUAAAACAAUAUAAUUUAUUAAUAGACAUUUUCAUACUGAGAUGUAUUAGAAUUAAGUUUUAAUUUUCCAACAUUGUAUCUAUAAACUACUGUAUCCUGUAUAGGUAAUUUUGUAAUUGGGAUAAUAGUAUUAUUAAAAAAUGAACAUUAUACUUUAUGUUUUGCUCCAACCUCCUAUAACAUCAAGUUGAUAUACCACUAACUAAUACUAAGAAAAUUUUUUUAUAAAAAAGAAAAAGUUGUAUGAAAUUUAAUAAAAAAAAAAAUUAUAAAAUAUUUGUAUUUUUUCAAAUCCUUCAAACUAUUCUAGAAGCAAAUUGGGAUUUCAAUAAUUAAAAGUAUAUUGGGAUAUGAUUUUACCAUGUAUUUCAAAUGUGUGAUUCAUUUUAUUUUCAAUCAAUAUGUAGGUAUAGAGAUAGACGUAUAGUGACCAGAUAUUUUAAAAAUAUCAUGUGGACUUCUAAAAAAUAAACUCUUAAUUUGAGUAUUAUUAUAAUUAUAGUAAUAAUAGGUACAUACAAAAUUACCUACGACAACAUCAAUUGAAUUGGUACUUGAGCUAACUAUCCAAAUUAUAAAGCUGAUUAGGUACUUUAAGACGAAUGUAAUAAUUUAUUACUAAUAAAUAAUAAUAUUACUAUUGGGUGAAAUGACAAUAUGCUUAUUGAUAAAUUUUCUAUCAUUAAAAAAUUCAACAUAAGGCUUGCAAUAAGUGUCAAACAAUAAAAAAAAUUAUA